AUGCCUAUUUUUUUACACAAAAACAGUAGGUCAACUGAUUUUGAAGUGCAUAGAAACUGGUUGGCAAUCACAAGUAAGCUGCCUGUGAAAAAGUGGUAUUAUGAGAACCGAUCAGAAUGGACAUUGGAUUACCCCCCUUUCUUUGCUUGGUUUGAGUUUGCUCUGUCAAAGGUAGCAUAUUACUUUGACCCAAAGAUGCUCAUUGUCAGCAACUUAUCCUAUGCGAGUGAUCAGACCAUCCUGUUCCAGCGUCUUUCAGUCAUUGUCACAGACUUUGUCUUCAUAUAUGCAGUGACUAGGUUUUGCUCCAAGUUUGUGAAGUUACGACGUCGAGAUGAGGAUGAUGAUGAUGUCCUGGAGAAUCCAAGUGUGGUGUUGGGGGUUCUUCUCAUCUGUAACUGUGGCCUUCUGAUGGUUGAUCACAUCCACUUUCAGUACAAUGGUUUCCUGUUUGGGCUGAUGAUGUUGUCUGUCACCAACAUGUAUGAGGAAAAAUACAUUAGAAGUGCCUUCUGGUUUUCUGUGCUGCUCAACUGUAAACAUAUUUAUCUGUACAUUGCUCCAGCCUACUUUGUCUAUCUGCUCAGAUGUUAUUGUUUCCAAAGCACUGCAGAUGGACGGAUCAGGUGGCUGUCCUUUUCACCGCUACGCAUCAUAUCUCUGGGAGUGGUUGUCAUCUCAGUCUUUAGUCUGUCAUUUGGACCUUUUAUUUACCUUAACCAACUUCCGCAGGUAGUAUCCCGAUUAUUUCCAUUUAAAAGGGGACUUUGUCAUGCUUACUGGGCUCCCAAUUUCUGGGCAUUGUACAAUAUAGCUGACAAAGGUGCUGCUAUUGUAGCCAAGAAAUUAGAGCUGGUUAAUAUUACAACAAACGAAGCAGUUAUGACCGGUGGAUUGGUCCAGGAGUUCCAACAUUCUAUACUGCCCUCCAUUCCUCCUGUAGUGACCCUGGCAGCUACAGUCUUGUCUAUAAUGCCAGUGCUGCUAAACCUUUGGUGGAGCCCCAAGGGACCAAGGAGUUUCCUAAGAGCUCUGAUCCUCUGCGCAUUUGGAUCUUUUAUGUUUGGAUGGCAUGUACAUGAAAAAGCCAUCCUCCUCAUCAUACUUCCUAUGAGUUUACUGGUGGUAGAAAAAAAGAAAGAUGCUCAGCUUUUCCUGGUUCUCUCUACUAUUGGUCAUUACUCCCUGUUCCCAUUACUGUAUUCACCUACAGAAAGUGUCAUCAAAGUGGCACUGGUGCUGAUAUUUACUUUGUAUGCGUUCACAAGUUUGGGCAACAUUUAUAGAUUCCCCUGGAGUAUUCCUUUACCACUUCUAUCAAAAUUAGAAUCUAUAUAUCUCCUUGGCAUCAUACCUCUGGAGGCAUUCAACAGUAUUGGACAUCCACUGCUCGGGCUGUCCCAGUCACUGCCCUUCCUCCCUCUCAUGUUAACUUCAGUGUACUGUGCCUUAGGUGUAACAUACUGCUGGCUUAAAUUCUAUUGGCUAACAUUCCAAGAAAAACCCCUGGUACAUGUGAAGUCACAGUGAGCUCUGUGUCACUGAUAACAAUAGUGAGUUUAAAAUCUCUGAAAUAACAGUGAGCCAGGCAUUAUUAAUGAACUUAUGAAUGAAUUAAAACCAGGAUGUCUGUUAUUGGAAUGAUAAAAUCAUCACACCAUGUUGAGGAUCUAAACAUCUUCAGUUUGUUAUACAUUGUACCAUGUUUGACCCAAAGUCUUGGCACAAAUCCUAACCCAAGGUCUAUAUAUAUAUAUCAUUAAUUUUUCUUUUUUUUUCAUACAAAAUGCUGCAAUCUGAUUGGUCUAAAAAAAAUUUCAUACCUAUGGAAAAAAAUAAUAAGCCACGCCCCCUCUUCGCCGGAACUAUGAAAGAUGGCCGACGUCUUCCCACUGAUCCGAUUAGCUGGCACGCGCGCCCUCAUUUGCAUAUCGUUCAGUUCAUGGUUAUUACGCAUAUAUGAAGUGCCACUAUUAAAUUUGUUUAAAAUUACUUAUUUUUAUGUUUUAUUUUAAACUUGAUGGAUUUGAAAUUAAUUAUAAGCGUUGAUGUAAUUUUUUUAGUUUCAUAGUGUUAGAAAAAAAAUUUGUUUGCAAACUUUUGAAUGAAUCUGCGUACAGUUUGCAAUUUUUUUUUCAUACCCCUAUGAUACCAAAAAAAAUGACAUCAAUGCUUAAAUAAAAAAACUGCAAAGAGAGAGCCAAGGCUUGUAGUUUAGAGUUCAGUGAUGUUCAGUCAUCCACCUCCUGGAUACCUAAAGGUAUGCAGGGCGUCCCACAAGGAGAAAUAGAAAUCUAGGGAUAUAUAUAUAUAUAUAUAUAUAUUUAUAUAUAUGUAUUUUCAUUAUAAUACAUAUAUAGACAGUGGGUUGGGAAUUUGUGCCAAGUACUUGUGGUUAGAAAUAAAGUAGUACACUACACUUACAGAAAACUAUUUACAACGAAAGUUUUUUACCUGAAAAAUUUUGAGACUUGGGUUUUUGGUGAGAAAUGGGAACAAAAUUUGAAUCUGAAAGCAAUUUUACAUUUCAGCCAUAUUAUUUAUCCUUUAUUAAGUUGACAUAUGGGAGGUCAAUGAAGCAAGUAUGACUUGUAUGGACUUUGAUUCAGUGCAUCACUUCAAUCCUCCCCUAAAAGUUUAUGUAUGCUAAUAGGGGUAGAUGCACUUGUUAGGUCAUAUGAUACUAUAUAUACCUCUGUAAGCUACUUCACUCCUGUUUGUAUGUAUUAUGAAAAAUUUAUAAUGGUUAUAAAAUAUAUUUUGUAUGAUUUUCUUCUAAAUUUAUAAAUAAAACAUCAAUUAAAUUUUUGCUUUGGUCAUGAAUACGAGGUUGGGCUUCCAACCUGGUGAGAAUGUUGGUAAUUAUGAUUGCAAGACUUUGUACUUAAUUUCCUUUUUGGUUAUUUUAGACUUUGCAUAAAAUUUGAGAUCAUUUGAUGAUCGGUUGAAUAGGACCAACUCACCAUAACUAACUAUGCAACAAUUCCCCCAUUUUCAUGAAUCUUCCUUAACUUAGGAAAUCUUAAAUUACCUUAGAAAAGCAUGACGUAUGUUAAGGAAAAUCUGAAAUGCAAGGAAAUUGUAAUGCUUGCCUAUGGGCAAUUUUAAGUUAAGGAAAAUUUGUGAAACUGGGUCUAUAUACUGAAGUAUGAUUCGGCAGCUUAUAUACAAAGAUAUCGUUGUAAUCUGUAAGGUAUAUUUCUGUUGACAUGAGUGAACAUCGAAAGAUAUAAUACAGAAACCAACACAACACACUCAUACAAAAAAGAAUUUUCGAAAAUAUUUUCUGGUGAUAAAAGCUUUUGAACUUUGUAAUUUUGCAUUGAAGAGCCAUAAAUUUGUUGACUGACAAAAAAAUUGUGUACAGAGAAAUAUCGAAACAUUAAUGUCAAUGAGAAAAUUGCCUUAUAAUUCACUGUGCUGGUCACAUGAGGGUUUCGUAACUUAGUAAUUGUAAUUUAUGUGCUGGUAACCAUGAAGAGUAGACAGAUCGUGUUUGAACAGAAUAAAAUACUAGCGUCACAAAAACCUCCAAGUCUUUAUUUAUUUAUUGGAUAAUAAUUUGUAGGGUAUACACUGAGGUUA